AUGCCUGCCUUAGAAUCCCACGUCAUGACCUGGGACCUGCCUGAGUGAGAAACUUGCGGGGGAAGGCACCUCCUACCAAACACAGUGUGAGUGUUGCCUUUUGGAUCAUCCUCCAUGCCUCCUCCACCCUUUUUCUCACUGCUGCUGCUGCUGCCAGGAGCGACUCAGUAACCAGCACUGCUGCAUUUCUGGCAUUCCAUUCUAGAUGCCACAGAUGAGUGGAGGGUUUCGGAGGAAGAGAGACUAAAACAGACACCAACAAUUAGGCAACUCCAGGGCUUGGCAGACAAAGGUGCUACUGCCAGGCUGGAGGACGAAGACUUUUGUCCCUACUCUUUCCUCCAGAGAAAAGUUACAUUUUAACAGCAUUGGAAAAACAAAUCAUUGGCUUACAUUGGAGAAAAGCACGUGGCCUCACUUUGUCCUUGUGGUUUUGUUAUCUCUGGCAGCAGAUAAAGCUGGGUAAGUGCAUUUGAUUUGAUACAUUUUUAAAGGGACUGGCUCCUAUUGAACUGAUGGUGGCUGUUUAGCUUGCCGUCUACACGGUGAGUCAGAACAGCAUCCUUUUUCUGGUUCCUCUCUACCAUUGGGAUUACUCUAGGGCAGACUUCUGUAACUUGAUGUGCUCCAGAGGUUUUGGACUUACUUACAUCUGCCUCACCUAUAUUGUCUACUCCAGCAGAGCUGGUGCUGUGAGAGUUGUAACCCAAAAUAUCUGGGGCGUGUAUCAGGGUUUGGGAAGGCUGCUCUAGGGCUAGAUGCUGAAGCUUAGUUGAGAGAGAAAUAAGCAAACAGGGUGUCUAGAAUUUUCACAUGUAUAUUUCAACCUCUAACUCUUAUGUUCCAUAUUCUCUCCUGUUCCCUCUCUUAAGUAUUAAAAACGUAUCAUAUACAGCAAGGAUGACAAUCCGCUAAUGUCACAAUAUGUCGGAAAUUCUGGCAAAGAGGAAUGUACAAUUGGACCAGAAGAAAAUAUAGGAUUACACUUGAGCUGUGCAAUUACCUAUAUCUUUUUCCAUCCUAGUUCUGUGCAGGGCUUAAGCUAGAGUUCUCCAGAGCUUAGCACCAAAAUCAAGUUUCAAUGCCAGAACUCAGUCCUGAAACAUGUGAAGCUGUAAAGGUUAGAAUGCCUCUGAGCGUACACAGAGGGUCUUUGGUCACUAAUGAGUAAACACAUUUUGUCUGUGGACAUUUGGGAUUGGGGCAAAAGGCUUCAAGGUCAGAGACUGUACCUUUCAGGCAGGUUUAGGGAUGGCGCGCUAUGGUUGUGCAUUUCUUCACUGCCCCCAUUACAGACUCAGGAGAGAUCUGUGGGAUCACUUAUCUGUCUUUCAUGGAGAAGCAGGGAGGAACAGAAGGCAUUGCAAGUGUGUUCACUUUUUCUUAACUAGUCACAUUCUUUUUCCCCUCCUUGAGGAAACUGAGUAAGAUGCAUAGGACCAACAUGUGUCUGACUGGUAUGUGUGGAAAUAGUUGAAUGAUCUGACAUUGGGUUGGCUGUGUUUUCCUAACAGAAAGGUCAAAGAUUGUCUGUACCUUUAUGGAAUAUAAAAAAUUCUUACUUUUUUACAAUUAAAGCAUGCUUCAAGCAACUAAACUAAAAUAAUACAUAGCAAAGCAUUAAUUCCAUUCCUACUGGCAUUAGAAACAAGAAUUUUUGGUCAUACACCUUUAUAGUAAUGCUAUCGUUUUUAUCUGUAUUUCUAGCUUGCAGCACAAACUGUUUUUCAUCCUCACAACAGCCCUGGGAAAGGGAAUUGUUUAAUAGGUAGAGAGUGUCUGUCCCCUUGUUAUGUCCCUACAUGGCAUGUUAGAUUCCACCGUAUAAUAGGAUUGCCUACUUUAAUUGAUUUAAUCAGUACAAUUAACUGACUAAACUUUAACUGCAGAUUGAAAAUUGACUUCCUGUUAAUCACUGGGAAUAACAAUGAGCAAAUAUUACUGAAUUCACAGCAGUGAAAAGCCAUUCAGCCAUGGAUGCCCCACAAACUUGUUCUCCCAUCCCACUCUUUGUAAUCUCAUGAAUUUUCCUUCCAGUUUGUAUCCAAAGCUAGCAAAGAGGGACACUUUUAGAGUGGCAUCACAAAGGCUUAUGUUCUUAGUAGCAUUGAAGGCAACUGAAGAUUGCAGUCAAUGUCAAGGUGCCUUUAAACCUGAAUAUUUCAUAAUGCUGAUAGUUCUUGACCUCGUUUAGUUCUCGAAACCAUUGUGAUUCUGGUAUGCAACUGUUGUGGGAAGUAUCCCAUUUCCCUCAGAGUUUGAUGAAAAUUAAUAGUUUGCUUCUGUCAAGAUCCCUCAAAGGCAGUUUCAUUAAGGUUUUAUUAAUAUAGAUAUACUUUUAACCAGUUAAACAGCCAGGUGAUUAACAAUGCUAAUAAGUUGGCAGUUCUACCUGAUAACAUGCAGCAUUGAUGGCAGUCACUGAUGUCUGCACUAGUUUGUUCCAGCCUCCUAUUCCAGUACCUUUCAGUGUUCUUUGAAAGCUGCAGAUUGGUUUGUUGAUAGUGAUUCUUGGCCUCUGCACUAAUUUAAUUGAUUAAUGCUGGCAUCUCUGCUGAUAUAUGGUUGCAAAAGCUGUGAUGAUUAUUUGGCAGGAUGGCCUUUCUGCCAUAUUCAUGUGCUUCAAUAAAUAGUUUGUCAGGGUGUUUCUCCUAUAGCUUCCAGUGGCACAUGCACACAUUGUCCAUCGUAAAAGUAGUAAUUUGAUUUCCAGUUUGGUUUCCCACCUAUCCCAUACAAGUGGAAUCUUACUGGGCGGGGUCACUAAUUCCUGGAUUUCUCUGUGGAAAAAUGCAGAAUAGCAGACCUUCAUAAUACAGAAUAGCAGACCAUUUAUUUCAAUUGCUUUUCCCUUUUAAGUUUGCCCUACAGAUCUAGUAGUGUCCAUUGUGUAUAAUAUAUCACUCUUCACAGGAGCAAGGAGGAAUUAUAUCUGAGACUGAUGGGCCUCUCUGUCUCCUCUCAUAAGAACAUAAAGAGGAGCACUGUUAAACCAAGUCCAAACAUUAUUUACACCUCAUUUUCCAUUGUGGCCAAGCAGAACUCUAAGAGAAGCCAAGCAGGAGUAUGAUAGCCCUCUCCCAUUGUUGCUCCUUAAAGACUGAUAUACAGAGGCCCUUCCUUCACUUUCCAUGCCCCACCCAAACAGCCAUAUCAGUGUGUGUGUGUGUGUGUGUGUGUGUGUGUGUGUUUGCGCAUGCACACUGGGUGCCUAACACAGAGACAUUUUGUAAAAAUUCUAUGAUCUCCCAGAAAUUCUCUCUCUCUCUCUCUCUCUCUCUCUCUCUUCCCAAGAAGGAUAGAAGUAAUAUUUGAGUCCUAUCAAUUCUGCAAACAUGUAUUUAUUUUAUACAAUUAUAGCUUCAAUGACUUCUCUAAAGCAAUGUGGGGCAAUGUCAUUUGGAAAAAACGGUGAUAAUUACCUAUUAGCCGCAUUCCCUUGCAUGAGUCUUAAACCAAUGUAGGUUUGUUGUGCCUCAGAAGCAUGAGCAGCUUUUUCCUCUCAACAAUGGAAAAGGUACCUUUAAAGCCUUUGAUUAUAUAGAAAAUAGGUUUCUCCUGUAGCUAGCACCACACAUAACUAAUACCAUUAAACCCUCUUACCAACCCUCUACAGCUAAGUUUAGAAUUAAUGGCUAUGAAUUCAAAUUCAUUAAAAAAAUCUAGAGGUACUAAGAAGGCAUGCCCCACUGCCCUAUUAUUAUUUGUCCUCACUUUGGGACCUUUGGCAGCAGUGAUAAUAGUUAAUGCCAUUAUUAAAGGUCUUAAAAUAAAGGGGAAAGAACACCUAAUUAAUUUAUGGUUAUGGAAAUUAUGGUUAUUAUGCUGUUUGACCCAUUAGCUACAGCUCCCCACUUAAAACAACUAUUUGGAAAUUAUCAAAAAGUGGCAGGUUUGCAAAUUAUAAUAAAACUGCAUUUUAUAGCAUUCCUCCACUUAAAAUACACAAUAUAAUAAAUCAGGGAUUAAAAGUUCAAAUCACCUGAAACAUCUUUGGUUUUAGAGGUCAAUAUACACUUAGUAUACAACUCUUAUAAUGAAAAUAAGGGUAGGGGGAGGUAUGAUGUGGGAGGUAAGGGGCACACUACACGGGCAGUUAGUGACUGUAAGAAAACUAAAAUAUUUUUAAAGGUAGCAAAAUUUCAACCUGACUGUGAAAAUCCCCCCCCCCACUUCCCUUGGCCCAACUGAUUUGCUAAUAAUUGGGCUUGUUCUGGAUGUAGUGGAGUCUACUCAGACUGCUUGUCUAAGGUCAGUGGUAGUUCUCAUCCUGAGCCUAGGGGAGUUAGUGCAAACACACAGUCCCUCGUCUUGUCUUGGGCCCUGGUGCUGCUAGGAUUAAGAGUACGCCAUAUGUCUUGGUGAAAAUGGACACGGCUGCCAAGAUGAGCAAGCACUGGAAGUACGGAGGCUGGUGUGAGGCCUUUCCAUUUCUGCUGUCUCUGGGUGCCAGCCAGCCAGAGUCUUACGAGCCUUCCAAAUGAUAGCUUCCUUCCUCUCAAGUGUUGGGACCAUCCCAUUCUCCUGCCUGCUGUGCUUUCUUUGGGGAUCUGGCACAGGUGCCUUGACUUACACAAUCUUGGACUGGUUGGGCUUCUUUCCUUGCCAGUAUUUCUUCUGACUCUUCGGUCUGCUGUUGGAUGACUCCUGAUUGCAGCAACCUGUCUUGUCAGCAUUAUUGAGAUCAGACACAACAAAAAAUAAAGUUCUUCAAAGAGAUUUUCUUUUCUGUAUCUAGUUUCGCAUCUGAUUUGCUGCAGCCUUUUGCUUUAUUUAUUCAGAACCCUGUAAACUUGCUUUGCUUCUAAUUAAAAUGCAUCCUGAUGCACAUAAAAUGUUUACUGUAAAUUAAUACUGAAAUUCUUCAGUCUUCCCCAGGUGCUUGAUGCGACAUCUUUAUAGAGUGAUCACUUCAUUUGCUGCUAUUUUGGGUUGUGCUUUCAGUGAGCCUCAUAGAAGCAGCUACUCUCACAGCCUUAGUAGUUGAGAUAGAUAGGUGGGGGCAUGGAGUCAGGACAGCUGUUGAAGCUUGGGUGGGUGUGGCAAACCAGGUGCUGAAUUAAGUAGAGGAUCAGGAGAGACAAAGACACAGGCUGGUUCUGUGUAUAGUUUAUGGUCAUAGCGCUCUUCGCUGUCAUGCAUGCCUCAGUGACCUCCAGAUUAGAUUCUGUGGUGCAUUUUCUGUGGGACUGUGUUGCAGAUAGUCUAUAGACUUUGGUCUGCAGUGCACCUUCUUUAUUAGCUGGUGUUAGGUGGUCCAAAUGCAAACUACAGAGCCCUAUGCUCUCUGGUUUACAAGCCCCAAGCCUAGUGUUAGUAAAGCUCCUUUCUGCAGGUAUCUGCUGGGCGAUUGAGUUCCUCUUUGGAAACUAGGUUGCAUAGCCAAUCCUGCAGGCUUAAUAUUCAGUCCUGCUUUUUGCAGGGAUUGGCUGCGUGAUCCAAAUUUCUCACAGGGAACUAGGUUGUGCAGCCAAUCCAGUAGACUUGAACUCACCACCUAUCAGCUCAUAGGUUGUGAUUUCAACCCUUCUUUUUGUAGGGAUUACCUGCACGAUCAAGUUCGCCAUGCAGUCAAUCCAGCUGCAUUUCUACAUGAUUUCACAUAGGACGUGAACCAAAGGUUCCUCAAUCCUACUAUAAAACUCAGAAAGUGAGGUGGACAUUUGGGUUAAAAUAUGUGUUUGAAAAGGCAAGUUCCAGUUCAUUUUAUAACUUCUUAUUUUAUAUAUUCCGUCUACCCUUUCAUUAUAUUUCACCAGAUAUGUCAAUUUCACAAUAAGCAACACUUUCCAUAUUUCAUUUAACCAUUCAGCAAUGUAUGUUCUUUCAUAUGCUAGUCCCUUUGAUUCUUGCAGCUAUUAAGUUAAUUAGAAAGUUCUUGGAAAUCUUUUAUUACAGUGCAUCUUAUUACAAUGACACCAGUUGAGAUGAUAAAUGAUAGAAUGAAUGACUUGGAAUUUGUUCUUCCGUCUUAUAAAAUACUCUUGCUGUCUUACUGCUGUCUGUGGAUUUUUUUAAUCACCUUUUCUCAUCUUAAAACAUUUAAUCUGUGAACUGCCAUUAAAUCUUUGGGUGCAGGGCAGCAUACAAUUAUUAUUAUUAUUAAUAAUAAUUAUAAUUAUUAUUAUAAUUAAUAAUAAUAAUAAUAAACCAAACAAAAAUAAUACUCAGAGGAGUCCAAUUGAAAUUGACCUAAGAUAGUCAUUAAUUUUAAUUGCUCUACUCCAAGUGGAACUUAUAUUGGAUACAACCCAAUGCUAAGUAUGAGCGGUAUCUUCACAGCUGCUAUUCUUGCUUUCCAUGACAUUUAAAUAUUCUAUUAGCUUCUAUUUUUUAUUCACAAGCAAGUACUUUCACCUGUAUAAAUCUCCCAGUUUUAUCACUAGAUAUUUAUUUUCUUUUUUCUGUGGUGCUUGUAUCAUGUCUGACAUAAUGUUGCACAUUUGACUCCUAAUAUUAUGCCCCAGAAGAUUUCUUUUCAUUCAGCUUAUAACCAGGGCAUUUUUCAUAACAUUUAACUUUCUGUAAACUUGAGCCUUGCAGCUGAGUUCAUGUGCAUGUGGUAUCAUCCACAUAUAUUGCGAAUUUACAGUAUUGUGAAAUAUUGUGACAGGGCCUUCUCAGUGGUGGUUUCCCAUUUGUGGAAUGCUCUCCCUGGUGAGGUGUGUUGUUGACUUUUAGGAAGAAGUUAAAUGAAUUCUUGUUUCCCCAUACAACCCUGAAAUUACUGGUAAAACUGUGUUUUCUAAAUGUUCUUAGAAAAACAUGUUUAACUGUUUUUAAAAUGCUUUUAUACUACUCCAGGCUUCCUCAGACUCUGCCCUCCAGAUGUUUUUGGCCUACAGCUCCCAUGAUCCCUGGCUAGCAGGACCAUUGGUCAGGGAUGAUGGGAAUUGUAGUCUUGAAACAUCUGGAGGGCCGAGUUUGAGGAAGCCUGUACUACUCUGUUUUGUUCUUAGGUUUGCUGCCUGGGGCUUGUUGAGGAGAAAGAGCAAGAUAUAAGUUGUAUAAAUAAUAGAAAGGAUACGUGUGAACUUUAGAAUGGUUUCUGAAAAUUUACAACACACUGUUUUUUCCUGUGACAGAAAUUUGUAUUGUGCUUCUCCAUGCAUUAUUCAUGCAUCCUCUUGUGUCUUGAAAUCCGAGAACUUAUUCCGUGGAGUUUCCUAAAGUUAGUGCCUACAUUUGAAACUGGGCCUGGUGUGUCCUUGCUGGGUCAGUAGAGAGACAAAAGACUUGUUGAAUCUCUUCUUCUCUUCAGCUCAUGAGAGAUGCCUGUGUCUUGGGUUUCAAUGGGAAACUUGCCAUUCUUCCACUGACCUGGACUAUUUUGAGCCACAGGAUUUGCAAACUUCAGAGAAAUGUUGGCAGAUUGCCAGAAAGAGGAGGGGCUUGCAUGCCAGCUUCAGAUACUAGAAAACAUGGAAGGAGGUAGCUUUUUGACACUAACUAUACUGUCUUUGGUGAGAUUUAGUCAGAUGUGCCUCUGAGAUAUAUAUUAUUUUUAAAAAUCUGUUGUGAAACAACAGGCAGGACUUGCUGUCUUCUGAGCAAAGAAUCUUCUGAGGUUGCUAUUUUGCUACUGUAUGCCCAUCUUCUGUGUGUGCAGCAGGUAUAUUUGGAAACCUGACCAUGCAAGUGAGGAUGACCUUGAAGGAUUUCAAAGUCAGAGAUGAAAGAACAAGACUACCUGUCAGGGAACUACCUUUUCUUAAAAAUGUAGCAGGGUAUUGUUUUUCCUCUACGGGAUCGCACGCACCAGCUCUUAAUGGAGCUUCCAGCAAGUAUAUACUUUAUAUUAUUGUUUAAGAGGAAGUCUAGCUAAAGCGUUCUUCCAAGGAGUCAGUGGAAACAUUGCUUGUAAUUUUUUUCUGUGCCAUUCUGAGUGAUGCACUGUCCAUUCAGGAACGGAAUUAUAAAACACAUGGGGAAAGUCUGCACACCCACACUCACACACCAUCAAUCAUUGGUAGAUUGGGAAUGUAAUAAGUGAUAUAAGUGGAUUCUUGCACUGGUUUUUAUUGUAGUGUAGUAGCCUGUAGAUAGCAGUGGGAGAGGAACUGCAUUGCCACAGUAGCUGUAGGAACUUGAGUGCUCUUCACUUCUGACAGUAGCAACAUCCUGGAACAGAUGGCAGUGAGAGUGAACAGACAGCAGUGGACACAAUGGCUGAAGUAAUACUUCUCUUCACGUGGUGGAGGAAUUUGCUCCUCAUGGUCAAUGUCAUAAUCAUUCUACUUCAAAAAAGGUGAAAUGGCACAAUCUGGUAUCAGUGUUCUGCUGCCCACUUCAUUGGCAUGGGGGCUGGCAGGCAAGGGAAUGUGCUUGUGAAGAGAAACAACGUUUUGGGUAACUGGGCCUGUGUCUCUAGAUUGCUGCAUGCAGUUUGGCCCUUGGUUUGUGGGAAGAGGUUGUAAGAAGCAGGAGUUGCAGUAGGAAAAGUGCAGGGGGAGGGGGAAUAAAAAGAAGAAUGUGGAAGCUGAAGUUGGGCAUGUUUCUUGCAAGGGUGUUAAGCUGAUUUUCCAUCCAUCCAUCAAAUUAUUCUAACGCAGUGCAUAGAAAAUUAUCCUGUACACCCCCUUCACUGGGCUAUGGUAGCAAAGGGAGUGAUAGGAAGAACACAUCUGGAUUCCCCGUAAUCCAAUGGAUAGUGGUGGUGGUUUUUAAAAGUGGUGAGAAGUUCAAUAUGACUUUAUCAGAGUCAGUUUUUCCAUCUUUAUAGACCAUCUUUAAAGUGUUCAGCAACUGAUCUGCUUGUGUGGUGGGUUUCCAGAUUGUAGCGGGCAAAGUAAAAGACAAUUCGCCCUGGCAGUGCUUUCCUCAGUGCCCAUCAUGUCCUUUUGCCCAGCUUCAGCGGCUGCUUCUAUCAACCAAGACAGCCAAUCUCAAAGUGCAAUGCUGCCCAUGUGUCUCCUGUGUGUGUGUGUGUGUGGUGUAGUGGUUAAGAGCAGUAGUCUUGCAAUCUGGGGAACCGGGUUCGCGUCUCCGCUCCUCCACAUGCAGCUGCUGGGUGACCUUGGGCUAGUCACACUUCUUUGAAGUCUCUCAGCCCCACUCACCUCACAGAGUGUUUGUUGUGGGGGAGGAAGGGAAAGGAGAAUGUUAGCCGCUUUGAGACUCCUUUGGGUAGUGAUAAAGCGGGAUAUCAAAUCCAAACUCUUUUUCUUCUUGGCACAAAAAACCUCGCAGAGGAAGUUGUAGCUAUGCAGAUAAAUGUGGGUUGCUCUUGUUAAUAAGCAGGCACCUCCCUGGGAAGUUUUAGACUUCAAGGGAUGGGAGUUCAUUUCACAAUGUGCAUGUGGCAGAAUUGGAUGUGCCAAAGUGUUUCUUUCGGUGCUGACAAAUGGCAAGUUAAGAAAAUAGUUCACACUUAUUGACGUUGUAGCUAGUGUUCUACUCUGAGUAGACCCAUUAAAAACAAUUGAUAACCAACAUGGAUUUCCAUUAAUUUCUAUAGAAAUAAUUUAGCUUGGGGCAAGCCUUAAUCCCCCCCCCCCCAUUAAACAAAUAACACUCCGGACCUAAGCAAGGGCUGUCAACUAUAGUAGCAUAAUAACUAUGCUAACAUAGUAUUUUUUUUUACUGUGGAUCUAAUAGAGAAAACCCCCAGCAACCAUUAUCAUAUUUGUCAGGCAGAGAAGAUGUAAGAUAUCAUCAACAACUUUAAUUGAUGACAAUUCCCCAGGCACUUGAAUCAUGAAUUAUUUGCAAAUAGUUCCGUAUUGGGUUGGGAGUGUCUUAGUGCUGUUGGUAUUAUUAGCAUGCCUCCCAUACAAGGGUUUUUAUCUUCCCAGCAGGCUCUACAAGCCAAGGUGUGAAAGGCCAGUUGCCAGGUGA